AUGAACACCAGUAAUAACGAGCAUACGCAAAGAACUCGAGCAUACAUUUUCGACUUGGACAGCAUCCUAAGACCGACUGAAGAAGAGCAGCAUGCAAGUCAUGAUAAUCGUGGACAACCUGGGAUAAUAUGA